AUGCCCAUCAAACGUUCCUCAAAUGCCGACCACCCCAACAAAAGACCUCGCGUCGAAAGCACACCAAAGUUCACAAAUGUUUCUCAACUGCGUGCUGCUUUAAAUGCAGAUGCUCCUGAAGAGGUGACAGUUGCUCUCACAUCUUUACGAAACCAGUUAACGAUCAAACCUCAAGAGCCAACGAUAUUGCCUCAAGAUGAGCGAUUAGUUCUUGUGAGGGAAUGGAUGGAGACUUCGUCAGGAGCAUACGAUUUGCUCAUGCUAUGGGACAAAACGACUGUCCGUCAGGCGAACGUGAUAGCCCUCAUUGUAUCAAUCUUAUCCUCCAUCCUCACCCUUUUGUCUUCUCAUUACAACAACCAUGCUUUGGGACAACCUAUCAUGAAGUCGCUACUAACUCCCAGCCGCUUGCGACACCUCAAUUCUUACAUCGGAGGAUCAAACAACGAAUUAGUGAUUGUUACAUUGAGGUUAUUCAAUGUUAUGUCGUCUUUCGCCAGUGGUCGAGACAGAAAGUCAGUGCUGGAAGGUUUUGGAUGGGAAAUAAAGUCCCUCCCUAAAUUGCUUAACAUGCGAAGAAAAACUCACGGAGAAUUAGACACUACUAACCCACUUUCAAGACCAGAUAUCCGAACACUAUAUAUCCAAUUCUUACUCUCUUUUGUCGACGUCGACAAUUCCUCUCAGACAAAAUCGCUUUUUCUCGAGCAACAUCGCGAAGCCUUUCUCGCUAUAUUCAAAGGCAUAGCACAGGAUCAUUAUUCGUUCGCUAGACGUGUUCUAGAAGUUUGUUGGGCUGGAAUAUGGUCCGAUUCCAAACUCAAGCGCACGCUGAAAGUGGGGUUAUUCAACGAAUCAACUCUUGGUCAUAUCAUAAAACUCUACGAACGUAUUCUCCCAGAAGGAGACGAUGAAGAUCAAAUUCCUGCCGAUCUCGCCCACCAUUUCCUUUUAGCCAUUUGCACAAGACCUGGGACUGGCAUUUGUUUCAGAGACCGGGGAUGGUAUCCCAAAGAGUCUGAUCCCAACGAAACUGUUUCGAAAGAUGAUGAAGAUGGAAAACGAAAAAAUUCAAAAAUCUACAAUAAAAUCCUGGCCAAUCUUUUGAAAAGCCUUAAGGUGAACGAGGAUUCAAGACAACAAGAGUUAGCUCUGAAAAUUCUUUCUGCAUGUCCGGAACUAGUCGCUGGAUACUGGUCCGCAGCCGCACUGACACUGGAGCCACGUCUUGCUUCCAAGUGGAUCACAAAUAUUGCAGUCUUUGGCAGCAUCAUUUCGCUACCUAUCCCAUCUUCAACCUUCUAUCUGCCGAAUACUCAACAAUAUCAGCCAACUCCACCACCCUUAUCCAUCAUCAUCGAAAGCAUACUUCCUUCCGUGAACACUAAAAACAACUUUUCCAAGGGCCUGCAGUCACCCUCGGGCCUAGUUCAGCAUUGUACUGCCUUGGCAUUGACCAGAUGCCUGGUGAAAUAUCAGACCGUGAAAGGCCAUUUCAGAAAAAUUGCCGCCGUGUUAGAGGAAGAUGAGGAAGAAGGGCAAUGGUACAAACGUUGUCGGGACUUGGAAAGAGACGUUCGCCGUCGCGUUCCGGAUUUCCAGGUUUUGGUAGCUUUUUCUCAACAAAAAGUGGACCCCAAAGUUCAAAGCAAUCCAACCAAACUAGCUUUGUUGGCAGAAAGUGCUCAGAGAUUACUUUGGCUAUACCAUCGUUGCUUACCUUCAGUUGUCGCUGAAGUUCGCUUUGACGUUGGAAAACUUUUACAGGCCUUCUCAACCGAUGGCGAUAAACCUGAAUUAGCAGACGAACCCGAAGCAUCGACCCGACUUUACCGAAUACAGCAACUACAUACAUUAAGUCUCCUCAAAAAUAGUGACCAGUUCGUUUGGACUAGCAAAAUCGCACUGCUCUCGCAAACUCCAUUCUAUAUCUUACUCUCCAGUUUAUCUUCCUCGGGAAUACCUGCUAUCCGGAUAGCCAUUACCUCCCUGCUUGAACACAUUCUGUCUCAGAGCAUCUUAUUCCAGGAAGACUCUGACGAACCGGAUUUAUGGCUGAAGGCGUUGCCUGUGAAGGGUCCCACCCUUCUUGGGUCCGACGAUUCCUUAUUUCAAGGAGAGACAGAGGGUGUUAUCACCUUCUUUGAUGAAUGUGUUCAGCGUUGCUUGAAAACACCUUAUCGUUAUGUUGAGGCACUACACACAUUGAUUCAUCCUUCGAACACAACAGCUGGUCCUCCUGAACGGCUCGAGACCUACCCCAGUCCUCUGCUGAUGACUUUCGUGGAACAGUUGGACGCCAAAAUCAACAACAAAUCACUUCAGCCGUCUCAAAUAUUUGGUGUCGUGACGUUCCUUCGCAAGCUUGUUUUCAACCUCACUAGCAAAACCACGGACCUGUACUUUUUGCGUCAGUUUGAAUCCAAGCUUGAGACAGUUCUUCGCACGGAUAGGCUUGAACCAAUUCUUUCCAAGUCCUUAUCUGUCAUCGAAAGAGAAAUGAGCAUAUUGCGUCAGAAUUUAUUAUUCUCCUCAUUUGCCCCACCCGUCCCCUCAGAUCUCCAAACAAAUGACGAAUAUAUCGCCCGCUUCGAAAAUAUGCCCGUAUCUGAUGUGAAAGAAGUGCGCUUAUCGAGAACUUUGGAAUUGAAAGAGUGGUUGCGUUCAUCGAUUUCGCCAUUGGGAACGGAUGAUUUGUCCCGUGUGUUGGCCAUUGUAUUGGCGCAGGAACCUUCAUCCUUGCCAUCUUUCCUCGAGGUUCUGAUUCCAGGACAAGGGAAUGUUUGGGUAGCAUUAAAUUUGCAGUUUAAAUUUUCUGAGCUCCGAACGCUUUUGCAUUUCAACAUGCUGUAUAUCAAUACCUCAGCGGCCGAGAUCGUUGAUGAGAGCUGCCAAACCAUCCUCUCAGAUACUAUAUUUGUGGCAACUCCCAGAUUUAAUGAUGUUGUGCGAAACGUGCACCUCAUUCUGCACUUCAUAGCUUCGUCUCGGGAGAAUCCUGCUGUUCUCAAAGGCCAUCUUAAGCUUCUUGCGCGUGUUUUGAAGACAGCUUCUUCAGUUAUUUCGCCUGUCGAUUACUCUGCCCUCAAGGAAAUCAUUUUCGCUCAUCCUGGGGGUCUCAAAGAUUUGUUGACCUCCAAUUUGGCAUCAGAGGUACUCGAAGGAAUCGUUUUUUUACUCGAAUCUGCGGUACAAUUUGCUUCAGAAAGCGACCGGAUUCUGCUUUCCGAUAUCAGUGGAUAUUGGUUCAAUGCUAUCGUGGCAGAUUCUAGCAAUCAACUUGGAGAGUCGGUUUCCACGGCAAGGAUCUGGAUCAAGUAUCUCGAACCAAGCCAGCUUUUUGACCUGCUCGACUUUUUGGAGCAUAACUUUAAGAAAGAACAGUCUAAACGUGUUCUUAUAGAUGUCGUUCUGCAGGUUUUGGGUUCCAUGGGAACGCUUGACUGGCAUUCAGAACAUACUUUGGCGGAACGACUACCUCAGUUGGUUUCUCUUCGAGAUAGUAUGCAAGAUUCGGAAUUGCUUGAAGGAUUGGUUUCUGUGGCAAUUGAAGCUUCAUUGCCCAUCGGUGUGGAUGGUUGCUCCGUGGUCCCAUCCUCAAGCGAUAUUGUCGACGUUACUAGGCGAGCGGUUGGACGGUGGACUCAACAUAAACGGUCUCUCAAAAUAGAACUGGACAUCCGGUCGUUCCUCAGCAAGGGCAAAUUUUCGACGUCUACGGCCAAAACUGUGUGCGGGUUAAUGUACAGGCAACCAUACCCGCAUGACAUUUUCAUUGACUGGUUCAAGACUGCCGAUUGUCUUCAAAUGGACGAUGAAUGCUCCAUACCGAUUAUACACGCUUUCUUGGACUCGUCAGACUUCUCCGCAGGAUCUCCUGUAGGACUGGACGUAUGGCAACCCUACAUCCCGAAGUUUAUCGCUGCAAUUGCGCGGUCCUCCAGCUCAGCAGUUCUCGGCCAUCAAGCACGACAAUCUUUGGUUGAUAUUGUAUCCAUUUUCAAAUCAGAGCCAACCAAUAUCCUGUCUAUUCUCCAAAAAGAAUUUGAUGUUUUGCCCGGGAAGGACCUAUCGCCAGAAAUUAUUCUUACAGGAGCCAUGUUGGCACAUGUAUUGCAAUUGAAAGACAAUGUUGCUGUUUCCAGGUUGUUGGAUCGAUCUAUGCAGCUAUGCAUAAAUAAAAUCGCCGAAGAUCCAGAAGCAUCAGGACUGUCCCGUUUUAUGGAAGAGUUAGAAUAUCUAGUUCAACAGGCUGGCUCUUCAAAGGCCCAUCUGGUAGAAACAUUGCUCACAGUCAUCAUUCAAAAUUGUUUUUCCAGCGUUGCUGCCAUCUCUCUUGCCAUUUCAUGUUUAUCUUCCUGUUCAUUGAAGCCCCUAGUCGUCAAUCGAACGCUUCAAAGCGUUAUCCAGCACCCUCAUUUCUUUAAAGUUUGUUUGAGCUCGUCAGCAGAGUUAUUUGGCGUUCGUGACAAACUAGUGGAUUUCCUUUACCGAUUGUUUCAUCUCCAUCCAACAAAUACCUGUCAGAUCACACACAUCGAACCACUUAUCAAAAUUUACCGAGGGACAUUAUCUCCUUCCGACCUCCGUAUCCUUUCUGUAUUUCAGCUUUUCGAAGUCCAGAAAAAAUUAUCAGUUGCUCCGCUUCUUGCUCGAUGGUCAUCUAAUCCCAUUACUCCAUCACAUACCGCACUGGAAGCCAUUCAAUCGUUGGAUCCCGUCAUCGUUCUCAAAACAUGUCUUAACUUCCCGCGCUGGAGGUCUUUGGAAGACCAGUCUAAGAUUUCAAUUGAACCACACGAAGCUGGGUUGUAUGAUCCUGUUUUUUUGAUGUUGCUUUUUAGCCAAGUCCUAUCAGAAGAACCCCCAACCUCUGCAUUUGCUUGGAUCGAACUGUUUAGGACAAAUGUGGCAUCCCUUUUUAUCCGGGCACUCUCGUCAAAGGAUGUUCACAUCCGCGAUUUGGCUCUCUGUCAAGUCGUUGCCUUGUGGAAACAUAUGCAGACUGCGGACUUGCAAGAAAAACCUCAUGUUUUACACCUUCUUAACCUUCUAAAAGAUUUGAUGCCAACACCUGUAUUCAACAGUCUCACUGAAGUCGAUAACCCUCGUCGCCUACCCACCUAUACGUCAUUACUUCUUAUGCAUGCUCUUCGCGCGAUCUUCAAUCCAUCAAACUUCGUGUAUCCCAUUACUGCUCGUUUCCUGCUACAAAGACCUUAUCUCGACACCGAUGACGUGCCAAUGCUCUAUGGGCUACUGUACAGUAGCGCUGAUGAUAGCUGGAAGAAGGAGCGGACUUGGAUUAUCAAAUUUCUGGCCGAUGGCAUGGUGAGCUCCGAGGAUUGGCGUGUUCUGAAGAGGCGACAUACAUGGGAUUUGAUGGCGAGUUUGUUUCAAAGCGCCAAAGAGGAUGAAGAAGCUUCGUUGCGAAUGGCUAUAAUCGAGGUUCUGGCAAACUUGACGUGUAACAUGCAGGCUGCGAUGUCGUUAACCUUAAAGUCGGCUUUGUUGCCCUGGAUUGAAAUGCAGAUUUUGCAAUCAUCCAGCAAAUCGGAAGGGGUGGAAUGGAUCAAAAUUCUCGAAAACAUUCUUGUGAUAGUUGAUGAGAAAAAGAUUGAAGCCUCGACCAAUGGCGAGUGGAGGGUUAUCAUCUGCAGAUGUCUUGUUUAUCUCAUCGACAUCGAGAAUUGCUCCACAGCGCUACAAACCUUUCCCCACGCUGUCCCAGUUAUUUUACGUCUCUCGUCUCUGGGCGGACCCCCUCUUUCAGAGCUAGCCAAUCUGUUGGACCUGGCUGUCAAAUGCCUUGAGAAGUUCGAACAGAAUAUCGAAUUCGAAGACAAUCUCAACGCACCCGGAGGCAGUGACUUACAACUACUACCCUGUCCUCCCCACAGGUCGGUUACUAUUCAUCAACGAUGGUCACACACAACGUCCUCGGUAUCCGGCGCGAGGAAUCUUGCCUCUGAACUUUUGGAAAUGCUUUGGAAAGCAUCAAUGUCGAUGACUCAAAAAUGCGAUGCUUGGGAUAAAUUGACGCCGAGAUUAUUAUUGAUGAACACUCUCCGCCACAAGAGACGUUCAGAGAAUAUUGAUGUAGCUGAAUGGGCGAGAAAGGAAGUUUGGGCCGUCUACGACUUUGUCAAAACUAUCCCAAAAGGCAGAGUUGCAACCUAUAAAGAUGUUGCAUACGCUGCAGGAGGAUCACCUCGUUCAGACAAUAAUGCACCCGAUCCCACCAAACUACAGCCGUUGUGGGCAGAUUAA